AUGGACACUGCUGCCACAAGUGAUUCAUCUUUGGAGUUGCCUCCCACACCACCAGCAGACGACAGUCCAUUCUACUCAAACCACAACAAUACAUCAUUGCACAAUACACAAUUCUCUACCGUAGCAUCGUUGCUAGUAGAGAACGAGCAAGCUGAUAUCCCGCUUGAGCCGUUCCUUCCUUCGCUUGCUGCUCCGGAUCAAGACUUUGAGCUUUUCCCUUGUAACCAAGAUACAGAAAACUCGCAGCUGGAGCCACCGAUAUCGCUGUUUAGCGAUUUACCAGGAGAGACAAGCAAUUGA